UUGCCGAAAUCUCGCCGACGACGGAAUGAUUGCUUUUUUGGUAAUUACCUUUGCGGUCUGCCUGUUGCUGUACCGGUAUCAGCAACGCAUGGCAAAAGCAGCGAAAAUUGCCGCUCAUUUUGCACACCCGAAACCGGUUCCCGUGUUGGGCAAUGCGUUGCUCUUCGCCAACAAAGGCGCUCCGGAAAUCUUCCGCACGGUGCUGGACCUGCACAAGCAGUACGGCCAGGAUCUGGUCACCUACGGACUGUUUGGGGACUUUCAGUUGCACAUAUCCAGCCCGGAGGCCAUCGAGCGGGUUCUGCUGUCCAAAGUCACCAAGAAGAACUACAUCUACGGCUACGUGGAACCAUGGCUCGGAAGUGGGCUGCUGCUGUCCUUCGGCGAGAAGUGGUUCCAGCGGCGAAAGAUCAUCACGCCGACUUUUCAUUUCAAAAUUUUGGAACAAUUUCUGGAGGUGUUCAAUGCGGAAACGGAUCGACUGGUUCGGAAGCUGGAACAACAUCUUGACGGAGAGGAGUUCGAUAUGUACGGGUACAUUACGCUCCAUGCGUUGGACAGCAUCUGUGAAACCUCCAUGGGCAUCUCGAUCAAUGCCCUGGACAACCCCGAUAACGCGUACGUCCAAGCGAUCAAAGAUUUCGGAGGCAUCGUCAUCGAGCGAACGUUCUCCGCUUUGCGCGCAUUUCCACUGCUGUACUUCCUGCAUCCAUUCUACUGGCGCCAGCGAAAGCUUAUCAAAACCAUGCAUGAUUUCACCAAUUCGGUGAUCAAAGCCAAACGUCAGGCUUUCAAGGAGAAGCUCACGAAUGGUAACUCAGACUCCAUUGCCAAACCAUCCGAAGACGACGGAAUAUACGGCAUGAAGAAACGGAUGACCUUUCUGGAUCUGCUGAUGAACGAGAGCUCCUUGAGCGAUUCGGAUAUUCGCGAAGAAGUGGACACAUUCAUGUUCGAGGGUCACGAUACGACCACUUCCGGGAUGUUCUUCUCGCUAAUGCUGCUGGCUAUGCAUCAGGAUGUUCAACAACGGUUGUACGAUGAGAUUCGGGAAGUCCUCGGAGAAAAUGCUAGAAGCACCACGUUGACCAAUGGAACGCUGCAAGAGAUGAAGUACCUGGACAUGGUGAUCAAGGAAGCACUCAGAAUCUACCCAUCGGUACCGAUCAUCGGUCGGGAGCUGCUGGAGGAUGUCGAGAUCAAUGGAUGCCAAGUGCCCCGGGGGACUGCCAUGGUCGUAAUCCUGUACAGCGUCCAUCGGAAUUCGAAAGUUUUUCCGGAUCCGGAGCGUUUCGAUCCGGAACGGUUUUCCGACGAUCAGCUUAGUAAGCGUGGUCCGUACGAUUACAUACCGUUCAGCAUGGGGGCUCGAAAUUGCAUAGGACAAAAGUACGCCCUGCUGGAGAUGAAGGUCACGCUGGUGAAACUGCUUGCGUGGUACCGGUUCCUGCCGGGGAAGUCAACCGACUCGAUUCGCAUUCAGGGAGAUUUCGUGCUGCGUCCGUCCGGCAAUAUGGCGCUGAGAAUUGAGAAGAGAUGUUGAU